AUGAAGUUUGAAGUGGAAUACUCAUCUCAAUCGUCGUCGUCGUCGUCGUCGUCGUCGUCGUCUUCCGGCGAAGUGGCAGUAAUUCCUAGCGGCCCGGUAUCUCCGACUAGUGCGGCGCCCAUAUCGCACAAGCGGAAGGCUGGGAGGAAGAAGUUCAAGGAGACGCGGCACCCGGUUUACCGGGGCGUGCGCCAGCGAAAAGGCGACAAGUGGGUGUGCGAGGUGCGCGAGCCUAACAAGAAGACGAGAAUUUGGCUCGGCACUUUUCCGACUCCCGAAAUGGCAGCCAGGGCCCAUGACGUAGCUGCGCUAGCUCUUCGCGGCGUUUCGGCCAAGCUUAAUUUCCCAGAAUCCGCCAAAAACCUCCCCAAGCCAAGUCGUCUUCCCCCAGGGACAUACAACGGGCGGCGCUUCAAGCGGCUAAAACCUUCGAGCCAGCUACCGUGUCCUCGACUGGCUCUAUUAGUUUGCCACACGUCGAGAAGACGAAUGGUUCGUUCAUGGAGCCAUCUUCGAGUGGCACGAGGUUUUCUGGACAGCAUGGCAGAGGGACUGCUGCUUACGCCGCCGGCAAUGAAGAGAGGAUUCGAUUGGGAGGACAUGGCUUGGGAAAUGGAUUUGACUUUAUGGAAGGAUUGA